AUGAAGCGUAAAAGAAACGAGGCGCCAUCUGCGUCAGACUCAUCCCGAGCCAAGAUCUCUCGACGUCAGUCCAAGUCGCACAAGUUGCGUAGCUCCGCCAACGCGUCACUGCCAAGGCAGCAGCAGGUCAAGUCUCGCGAACACCUGAAUGCCUGCUCCACAGGCCUCAAACCGUCAAGUGACGUCGUGCCUGAUACAGCGACCAAAAAGUCAUCCAAGAGCGCAAGAGCAAGGGCGCUUAUCGCUCCGACCUUGCGCUUCUCUCCCUUUCUCGACGUCGUCAUCCGUCGUGCGUCUCCAGACACAGCUAACGUUAUCGAGGAUCGCAUUUCUCGCGAUGCAAUUCACCUUCAUCCCACCAACCCUGAUCUCCUUCUAGUGACACCAACUUGUGUACAAUGCAAGAAGCUCAAGAGGUCUUGCAAUAGAGCUGGCUGGACGUGUAGCUCCUGUGCUGCAAGUCGAUUGCCCUGCUCUCGUGCCAGUCCCUGGGACUUCUAUGAUGCUAUCACUGGCAAGAAAGUCCGGCACAAGCAAGACACCCAACAUCCUGUUCUCGAGCGAAACGACAAACUUCAACAGAAUAGAGAAGUUGGCAACCCGAAGAUUCGUUGCUUCUUUUGGGCCUCAUCAAUCGAUGAGAUGCGUCACUGCGAUCCACAAUGCCCGUCUAUCGGCGAUCCAACAGGGACCAGCAAGCUUGGCGCAAUCACCGCUCUUCUGCUCGACCGAGCGAAAGUACAUGGCUCGUCAGAACCAGAACGACUCGUAGCAGAUAUAUCUUCAGAUGCCACAAUGUUCGAGAGAUUGCAGAUGGCCAGCAUUGCCGCUACUCCACUUAGGAUCUAUCAUCUGUUCGGUGAUCUCGGCAGGCCGUGCCGCGUUGUCGACAAUUCGGUCGCAACGGUCAAGAUCUUCUUCGUGGGGGUCUGCACCAUCAGCCGCAUCGCCCGUCAAAACGGCUCGCUCACAGAAAUCUCCUUGACGCUCAACACAACGCGAAUGCGCAACCAUGCGGGCAAGCCUAGCACCAGCGCCACCUCAUCAGCAGCCAGCCUGCUCCCUCUGAACGACCUUAAACAUACCUUUCUGGGCUUUCGGUGCAGUGUAUGUGGGAGAGCGAAUCGCAAAACAGAUUGGAGCUUCGCUUGCUGCGUGCACUGCUCAACGUCAUCAGUGUUCCAGAACAAGGAUGCAGCAAAGUUGCUACCUAGCGGACGCAAGAUGGAGCUUUCUUUCACUGGUUCCCGCAGUGAUCUCGGACACGCAAAUAUUCUUUUGUCAAAUGACGACCUCACAGAACGUACAGUGUCUACCUUCUCAGAUGGGACUCGGGUGUGCAUGUACCACAUUGCGAGUGCUGCUGCAGACACUGCCUGCUCCGGCACUCACGACCUGAAGGCCACAACGCUUACGUUGCACCAUGUGCUGAGACCAGGUCAGCCAGACACGCCCUCAAUCGAGGCUCUUCUUUCUCCAGCAGCCCCUCUACAGCGAUUGAGUCUUCAAGUCGAGUACAAAUUUCGGAUACGGGGAUACGCCCUUGGCUUCGGGGAUCAGGCACAGGACCUCUUUCCUAGUAUCGUCAAUCAGCCGUUCUCUUCGGCCUCUGAAGAAUUUGUGCGCCAGAUUGCGAGCCUCAGGCGAUCCUUGCAGAUUGCGACCAUCGCAAACGAUGUCAACGCGCGACCAGGCAAGCCUCUCGGCUGUAUCCUUCUCGUGCUUCAAAACGGCCAGCUCAAGAUUGACAGGUCGCUCUUCCCAGCAGGAAGCUCUUACUUUGGUCUUCUUUGUCUGGAGGAGUCUACGAUUGUCUCGAUGAGGCGCGACAGACCAAGCCCACCAAGCUAUUCAAGUACCAACAAGUCUACCGACCGGGAUUCACGAGCCGUGUCAGUCGGAUCUUUCGUCAUGCAGCCGCAAGAUGCCGUUGUCGCCCGAACAGACCUACUCGAAGCAGUCCAGCUGGAGCUCUCUUCAAGCGGUAUAUCUCUUUGGUUGAUCGCACACUUCGCAGCCGACGACGUUAAGUCGACUCAACGGCGACCAAUACCUCCUGUUUCCAACCUGAAUCCGGACAUCACAGACCUGGCUAUUGAAUAUCACCGGCGUCCUUGGAAUCUUUGA